GCUAAGUACGGUACGGGUACUUCCAUUUCUAAACGUGCAAAAACUAUCCGACAAAAGCUCGCUAAACGCCCCGACAUAAACAGUAAGGCAAGGGCUUGUGGCUGGGACAAAGGCCAUAAUUCUAACCAAAAAUUGGGGUUUUUUCAAUGAUUUUGUAGUUGCAAUUCCUGGGCACACAGUUUUUUUUUUUUUUCCAAAAACACGUCAUUUGAGAGAGGAGGAGGGACUAUUUUAGUCGUUUUAAAGGAGAGGUUUUUGUGUGUAUAAUUCUUUUGGUGGGUCAGUUCGGUUUAGACGUUUUUUGUUGAGUUCAAUUAAAGUAUUGGUUCAUCUUCAAGGCUUCAUGAAUAAUGAUGGUUUCCAGCGUGGUUUUGAAGGAUGCAGCUGGAGUCGCCGGUACCUCUCUCUUUGUUUCUGAAUUGGGAACGUAUUUGCUUUUGGGCUAUUCAUGUCACCUAUACCCACAUUUAGGAGAAUUAUCAGAAAUGGUUCGACAGAAGCGUUCUCCGGGUUGCCAUACAUAUAUGCACUCUUAAAUUGCUUGAUUACACUGUGGUAUGGCACACCCCUCAUAUCUGAUAAUAACCUCAUGGUACUGACAGUCAAUGCAAUAGGUGCAGCAUUUCAGUUCAUCUAUUUGGCAAUCUUCAUCGUAUAUGCUGAAAAAGAGCAAAAGUUGCGCAUGUUUGGGUUCCUGGUAGCUGUUUUGGGCCUAUUUGGAAUCAUUGUUGUAGGGAGCUUGCAAAUAGCAGAUACUAAUACACGAUGGAUUUUUGUUGGCAUAUUGAGUAGUGCUGCUCUUAUAUCAAUGUUUGCUUCACCGUUGUUUGUUGUGAGUUUGGUGAUUCGAACAAAAAGCGUUGAAUACAUGCCAUUUUAUCUCUCACUUUCUACAUUCUUGAUGAGCUCGUCAUUUUUGCUCUAUGGAAUCCUUAACUUGGAUGUCUUUGUUUAUGUGCCAAAUGGGAUAGGAACGAUUCUGGGCAUUGUACAAUUGGUUUUGUAUUAUUACUACAAGGGGAGAUCUAGAGAUGAAUCUCAAGAUCCUCUGAUAGUCACAUAUACACAAGUCAGUGCUAUUGAGCCAAGAGUUGAAGGCUCAUAAUUCUUUCGUUUUUCUGUCUUUAUCUUGCAAGGCAAUUUUCUACCAUAUGCAGUGCCAAAACUCAGCAUUUGGGGGGUCGUGGUGAAGAAAACAAUAACCUGGGAGAGCCAAACAUCGAAAAAAAUAUGUUAGAUAAUCCCCAGCUGCAAGUUUUGAUGUUGAGGUAUUUAUUGAUGGGGCAACAUGCUGUAAUGUUCAGUUGAUUUUAUACUUCUCAACUUCUAGAAUAUUCAAAUUCUUUGCAUGAACGAAGAUAUCGGCUCUUUGCAUUGCCAGAUUCAUGGCUGUGACUGUGGCAUGCGUUCUGCAUUCUGUGUCAUUUUGUGUUGCAAAAAUCUUAUUAUUAUUAUUUUUUUUGAUGUAAGACAUGAAAGUGUAUGAGCUCGAAGAGAAGAUUCAGCAGA